AAAUCAGGCAGGUUACUGUCACGCGGUAAACAGCAGCAGCUUCUCGGACGAGCAACAGUUUGACUGAAAUCCUCCCAAAAUGGGUCUCCGUUAUUUAAUAAUCGCAGUGGCUUUAUUUUCUGUUACGUCGACACAGUUUAUUCCACCGUAUACAGAAGACUGUCGGGCAGACAUGUAUCCACCAAAGGGCCCCACGUUCAGAGGAUCUGUCAGUUGGUACACGGUGGACCUGGACUCGCCGCCCAGCAAGAGAUGGACGGCUCUCAUUACUGACAAGAAGACGGCUCUGGUCAACGUGAUCCAGGCCAUCAGAGACUUGGCCAACGCUUUUGUUCCCAGCGGAAAGCUGAUUGAGCUCGUUGACGUUACACUGCCGUUGAUGGUGGAUUCACUCCCAGACCCUUUUGGGGAAGAAAUCAGAGGAAUUGCGGCCGUUUCAGAGAUUCCUCUUGGCGAAGUCGUCCUGUUCAACAUCUUCUAUGAGGUGUUCACCGUGUGCACGUCGGUUGUUGCAGAAGACGAUAAGGGUAACCUACUCCAUGGUAGAAAUCUGGAUUUUGGUCUAUUUAUGGGCUGGGAUAUAAAAAACAAGUCUUGGAUCAUUAGUGAGAAGCUGAAGCCUCUGGUGGUAAACCUUGACUUCAAGAGAAAUAACCAGACGAUCUUUAAGUCCACAAACUUUGCUGGAUAUGUCGGCUUGCUGACUGGCAUCAAGCCUCACAUGUUCUCUCUGACUAUGAAUGAGCGCUUCAGCCUCGAUGGCGGAUACAUCGGAAUCCUGGAGUGGAUCUUGGGGAAGAGAGAUGGGAUGUGGAUGAGCUUCCUCACUCGCUCCGUUCUAGAAAAUGCAAACAGCUACGAGGAAGCCAAAACUCUCCUGGCUCAGACCAAGCUGCUGGCUCCAGCUUACUUCAUCCUGGGAGGAAACCAGACCGGCCAGGGCUGCAUCGUCACCAGGUCCAGACUGCUCAGUAUCGACAUCUUGGAGAUUGACCUGAAGAUGGGCCGGUGGUACGUCCUGGAGACGAACUACGAUCACUGGAAGGAGCCGUUGUUCCUGGACGAUCGCAGAACUCCCGCCAUGACGUGCAUGAACCGGACCACGCAGACGAACAUCUCACUGAAGACCAUGUACGACGUCCUUUCAACCAAACCCGUGCUCAACAAGUUGACUACGUACACCACACUGAUGCAGGUGUCUGAGGGGAAACUGGAGUCGUAUAUCCGCGACUGCCCAAACCCCUGCAUGCCCUGGUAGCGGCCUAGCUUCUGAUCCCCGAUCAGUUUGUAAAGGCCUACUUGCGUGGAGAAGACUGACGCUGAAGUGAGGUUGUUGUUAACUGUUUGCACAGCGACCAAAUCACCUGAACCUGAAGUUUGUCCUGACUGAGUUUUUCAGACGAAUCGAGAGUACUUUGAGAAUAAUAAUUCAUACUUGUUUCUGUCAUGAGGGAAACUGACACAAAAGUGAAUCAAACUUGUAAAUUCCUUAUUUAUGUGUGUCAUUGAGUCCAGCAGUGGAUCUCUACGUGGGCUAAGGGAGAUGUAAUGUAUUGAAAUACUGCUAAUUAUUGUUCCAUGUAUGUUUUUUUUUUUUUUUUUUUUAAAUCUUCACACUCACCAUGUUGUGCCUCCAGUGGCCCUGCUUUAAUUUCAUUUGUGUUUUAUCCGGGUCAAGAACGUUCUCAUGACCACUUAACGCACUGGUACUGAUGAAUCUGCCUCGUGGCGGACCACUUUUUUGAUUUUAAAGAUGUUUAAUAAAAUUAUUCACAAAUUAAAA